AUGGAGCCUGUUUCUCUCGCAUUUGCUGCUUGUUCCAUGGUGGAUCUUUGCAUUAAAUGUGGGAAGGUUCUUUACUCGCGCUGCCAGGCGUAUAGAGAAGCCGAACGCGAAGUCGCAAAUGCUAUUAUCUACAUUGAGGGCUAUUGGCUGAAGAUUGAGGAUCAAGUCACCACCCUACGCGAGAUAUGGCAUGGGCUAGACGAACGUCUCCAAGUCCAUCAAAAUUAUGUCCUGCAAACGCUGCAGGAAAUUCUAGAAAGCGCAGUACACACAUUGGACAAUCUCUUUUGGGAACCCGAUAGCACGUCGAAAAUCGAGAAUCUCGUUGCAAAGCAGGGGCAAAUCAAGCGACUCAAAUAUGUGGCUCGUGGAAAGAGAUCUCUAGAGCGUGUUAUCGAGCAACUUGGACGUUGGAAUCGACAGUUUGACCCCUCCUGGAUCUUGCUAUCCCGUAUUUCUCUACCGGUCAUUCAAGAACAGCUGGCGAAGAAAGAACAGAGUGGUGUCAAGUCCAUAACCCCUAUUCGAGAGCUCCGUGAAGCCCACGAAAAAAGCAAAAUACCAUCUCAUGAUUCCUCCACAUCAAUUUUUCUUGAUGAAAAUUAUACGAUCACCGAUAUAGAAGAAAUCCCAUUAACUACCGCCUCAACCGGAUUGGCACCAAAUGGCAUGGUUGUGAUAAUCGACAAACACACGAUACGUGAAAAUGCCGAAUUCAAAGCUAUCAAAAAGGACAUCCGAGAUCUAGCUACAAUCCUGUCAAAGGCCGAUCCUGCAUUUUCUUCAUUGCUGCCUUGUCAAGGUGUCAUCGUUGCGAAAGAUCAAGCCUACUUUCGCAUUAUCUUCAGCAUACCAGAAGAGUUGACAUUCGAUCGUCCCUGUAGCCUUCGGUCUUUGCUUGUGACCACCGAAGCCUACUCUCUUAAUGAACGAUUGCAUAUAGGCACAUCACUGGCUCGAUCUGUUGUCUUUCUCCAUGCUUCUCGGAUCGUACACAAAAGCAUCUCGCCAGAGAACAUCAUCAUACUCCCCUCGGCUGCGGGUGCUCUGGAAACACCGCUACUAGUUGGAUUUGAGCGCUUCCGUUUCAAUGAGCAGCGAACUAACAUGGCAGGCGAUAAUCUCUGGGAAAAGAAUUUGUAUCGGCAUCCCGCACGACAGGGCCUUCACCCUGAAGAAAUCUACGACAUGCGUCAUGAUAUUUACAGCACCGGGGUUUGUUUACUUGAACUCGGGCUGGGGAGCUCAUUUGUAAAUUACUCGGACGAUCAAAAAAUUCCCAGCGCAAGACUUCCAAUCGCGGAUAUGUUAGCUGCGAAGAACAAGCGGAAAGCGGCAGUGGAGAUCAAAUCUGUGUUGAUCAACUUGGCCAAAUCCUAUCUACCCCAGCAAAUGGGUAGGAUUUAUACGGAUACGGUUAUCGCAUGUUUAACAUGCCUUGACCCCAGCAGUCCGCUUUUCAAAGACGAAAGUGAAUUUGAGGAUGAGGAUGGUAUUCUCGUUGGGGUGCGUUAUAUUGAGAAGAUCUUGUUUGAAUUAGAAAAGAUCCGAGUCUAG